AUGCAUGAAUGGGAAAAUCCGCGGCAUUUCACAUUAGGGCAUGAGGUAGAUGGUGAUUAUGUGACAGAAGUUCCGGAGUACGCGGUCGAUGAUAGCUCUAGUGAGAAUGAGCCUCCGCAUGAGAAUGGUGCGCGCAAAAAGACCCAGCGUGAACGGAGUCGAAGCACGGCUGACCCAAAAAUGUUUGUAUACUACUUUCGGCGGCCGUCGCAUCCAGCUCCUCCGCUAGCGGAGGCCAUGAAUGCGCACACAGCGGUUCAAGGCACGUCACCAUUCUCUCUCGUGGCGAAUGCCACAUCUAUGCAUCGGCACCAUGAUCACGACGGUAAUUUCAUCAAACGUGCCUAUACGGGCAUCCAUGACAUGCUUGAAGAUUACGAGGUGCGUGAUGCCAAAGAGGGUGCGCAAUUCGAAUACCGACUCGCCCGGACACGCAAUGGCUUGCCUGAGAAUGUCCAAGAAGCUGAGGAUAUCCGAGAUAGCCAUUUCGGCGACAUUGAGACGCCAGCGACACCCUGCAGCAAGCGCCGCGGAAGCACCACAUGCCCGGAUCCAGAUCCACCAGAGAAAGAAGGUGCCCCAGACCCUUUUCUCGUUACGUUCGAGUCGACCAACUCGGUACAUGAUAAUCCACGUACAUGGUCGUAUCCGCAGCGUGUGGCUACGCUCGCGAUGUAUGCGUUCUUUUCUUUGUUGGGACCAUACGCAUCAUCGAUGGUGUCGCCUGCGGCUAAAGUCAUUGGCGAGAAGAUGGAUGUCCACAGCAAACUGGUACAGAACAUGUUUGUCGGUCUGUUCAUGCUGGCGUUUGUGGCUGGUCCGUUGUGCUCCGCCCCUAUUAGUGAGGCGUAUGGACGACGCAUUGUCGUAUUCACUGGCACAGUGUUCUUCAUUGUCUUCAAUAUUGGCUGUGCCGUCACGAAUAAGCUCCGUGAAAUGCUUGUAUUACGAUUCAUCACCGGGUUUUUUGGCAGUGCCAUACUUCCCAUGGGGGGCGGUGCGGUCUCGGACUUGUUCGAACUCCACGAGCGUGGAACGGCAAUGGCUCUGUAUACAGCUGCGCCUGUGUUGGGUCCGACGAUCGGCCCCCUGAUUAGUGGCUGGAUCAUCCAGGGGUGGGGCGAGGACCGAUGGCGCUGGGUGUUUUGGAUCGGCACGAUUCUGGCUGGCCUUGUGUUCAUGUGCGGCAUAGUUUUUGCUCGUGAAACUUAUGCUCCUUUUAUUCUGUAUCUCAAGGCACGCAAGCUGCGCAAGGAAACAGGCGACAAGCGAUACCGUACUGUGUUUGAGAAAAAGUCAGAGACGGUGUGGCAAAAAGUCAAACGUAUCUUGCUUCGUCCCGUCAUCUUUCUCUUCACGGAGCCGCUGGUAUUCUUACCGUCGCUGUACAUGUCCAUCAUCUAUGCGUGUUUUUAUCUAUGCAUUGCCUCCUUGCCGCGCGUGUACAACGAGAAAUACCAAGAACGUGUUGGCAUUGCUGCACUGCACAACCUGGCCCUGGCCAUUGGUCUCAUAUGCAUUGGUCAACUGGGCGGACGGUUUAUUGAUUACUCGUACAAGAGACUCAGUGCCAAGCAUGGCUGCCGACGACCUGAAUUCAAACUGCCCCUUAUGAUGAUUACUGUGUUUGUGCUGCCGGCAGGGAUGCUGCUAUUCGGCUGGACAGCUCAAUACGAGACACACUGGAUCGCGCCUGACAUUGGUCUUGUGGUGAUCGGGGGUGGUGUCAUCGGAAGCAUGCUUCUCACACAAAUGUACCUGGCUGACCUCAUGACCAUUUAUGCCUCGUCAGCCAUCAGCGCCGUGGCAUCCAUGCGCUCUCUCUUUGCCUUCCUCUUUCUCUUGUUUUCCAAUGCCAUGCUCGAUCGCCUCGAUGUCGGCUGGACGCUCUCAGUGUUAGCGCUGAUCGUCGCAGUCGUCGGUAUACCCGCACCCUUUUUGCUGUACAGAUACGGCCCCGCUCUUCGCGCACGCAGCAACUAUUGCGUCAAGGGAUAG